CCGUCCUACGCCGCACGACUGAGGCAAGAGAAACAGGAACCAGAGCCCUCUAGCCGGAGCCAGCCGGAAACACUUGGUUGAACCUUCCUUUGCCUUUUUGCUGAUUCCACCUUACUUGCUGACUGGACUGGACGAACGCUCUUUACAGCUCCUCUAUUUGCACUGACAAAGUCUUGUAUGGCCGUUUAAAAAUACGUGCCACUAGUAGAAAGUUAGAAGGCAGUAACUCUCAGAAUUGUGAUAAAUUAGCAUCCCUUGUCUAACCUCAAAGAGUAUAACAUCCAUUUAGAAACAUCGAACAGCUACUACAUGGAGGGCAGAUGCUAAGAUAAAGGGAAAAUCUGUCCUGCCUUGGAAGAGUAGGAGAAAGGGGGCUUCCUGUGGAACUGGUUAUGAUGGAAGGAGAGGUCCCUUUUGUCUUCCUAGUUGCUCAGACGAUAACUGCUGAAGAAGUUUUACCUGAAAGAGUCCUAAUAUCUGGGAGUUUGGAAGAUCACUUGGAGGAUAAGGACCUUGAGGCCCAGAUUGGAAAGAAUUUACCUAAUGAACUAGCCUAAAGAAAGUGAACCAAAAAGAGAGAAAGAUACAGAGUAGAAUGUCAGACAACAAAGAAAGGAAGAGUCAAGAAGUUCCUGAAGAAGCUCUGGCUAACCAAGGCACAUCUUCAUUAACUGAUGCUGUAGAGCAAGUUGCAAAGCAACAACAAUCACAAACAUCAGAAAUAGAAAAAAACAAAAAAGUUCUGUUCCAUUUGCAGAAUGAACUCCAUGAGCUUGAAAAACAAAUAGCAUCUGUCUCUGCAGAAACUAAAGAAAUAGAAAGGCAAAUUUGUCAGCAAGAUGCUGCCAUAGAGAAUGCCAAACUUCAGUGUGGAAACCUGGAAACUCAAAUCAAAUCCUUACAUACAGAAAAUGUAAAGCUUAAAUUUGACAUAGAAGCAGCUCAAGAAGACUUUGAGGAACACAUGAUAAGAUAUAAUGAAUACUACGCAAAAAUAAAAGAGCAUAAAGUUGGUUUGGGGGCGGUAGAAAGCAAAUGGUCAUUCAUGACUGUACUUCAUGAAAAACGAGAUCUUGUUAAAAAGCUAAAAAAAAUGAAAGAGGAACUUAUGCAAAAUCUCCAAAAUCCAGGAGGAAAUCACAUAAAACAACUACAGGAAGACAUUACAGAGUUAAAGGAUAAAAUUGUAACUGUAAAAGAAUCUAUCACUGAAAAAACUUGUUUUCUUGAAGAAGAGAAAAAGACACAUGAAAAAUUAAGAAAAGAAAUAGAGGUGCAACAUAAGAGAUAUGGUGCAAUUCUUAAGCGUUUGCAUUGUCAGGUGAACAAAAUUCAGUCAAAUAAAAGACAAUGGCAAUGGAACAUUCACCAACUGGAAAAAACUGCAGCUGAACUAAGAAAACGCAUUGGAAUGAAAGAUUGACAUGGCCAAAGGACAAUGUAGAACACAGACUAUGUCAACAAAAAUGAUAGGACAAAAGGUUGGGAAAAUUCUUUGGAUUCUUAACCAGCAUCUACUAAGAGAGGUCUGUCUUAAUAACACAUAUAAUAUAUUCUCUCUCUCUCUCUUUUUUGAAUCAGUUAAUCUCUUUGCUAUAGUGCCUUCCAAACCUGCAAUUGAUAACAGUAGAUAGACAAUAGGAAUGCUGACAGAAGUCUGGUAGAAGAUUCUGUAUAAAUAUUUUCAGUAUGUAAGAUAUAAUUAUACUCAUGAAUGCCUGUUUAUAAACAUGUUGCCUUCGCUAUCAUAUGAAAUAAAAAUGUAGAAAAGAAAUGCAAAAAGUUAUGAUGAUUUAAAUUGUUAAGAUAUUUUAAAUGAUUCUGUUUCAAACUUUUUAUUAAAACUUGCUUUUUACCACUGUCUUCACAGUAGUCCAUAAAUAUUGACAUUUACAAUAAUAUAUGUUCAAUGCUUCAGGUAUUUUACUUUUUUCUUUCAUUCAGAAGGUAGCAACCAUUUUUUCUUAUU